AUGGUUUUCUGGAAAAGGGAGGCUGCAAUGUUAAAGCAACAACUGCAGAGUCUGCAAGAGAAUCAUAGGCGAAUGAUGGGUGAAGAGCUUUCUGGUUUAAGUGUGAAAGAUCUACAUGGCAUGGAGAGCCAACUUGAAAUGAGUCUCAGAGGUAUCCAUAUGAAAAAGGACCAACUUCUUUUUGAGGAAAUCGAAGAACUCCAUAAAAAGGGGAAUCUCAUCCACCAUGAAAAUGUCGAACUUUGUAAGAAAGUAACCCAAAUUCGUGAAGAAAAUAGCGAACUCUACAACAAGGUAUUUAAUAUUUAUCAACUGCAGUAA